UCCGUCUCUACAUUUUAUUUAUUCUAUAUAAAUGUUCUCUAUGUAGCUUUGCUUUCUUGCUUGCUUGCAUUGGUGGUGUUCUUUUUUCUUUCUUCUGAUCAAAGAAAGCAAACCCAUAUCGGAAUUUGAUGUGCCGGUGCCGGAAAAGCUUAUAAUAUUGCAGAAUGAGCUGUAAUGGGUGUAGAAUUCUUCGUAAAGGGUGCAGCGAGGAUUGCAUUCUCCGACAAUCCUUGCAAUCGAUAGAUAAUCCUCAAUCACAAGCUAAUGCCACUGUCUUCGUCGCUAAAUUCUUUGGCCGUGCCGGCCUCAUGUCCUUCAUUUCCUCCGUUCCUCAAAACCAGCGUCCUUCAUUGUUUCAGUCUCUUCUCUUUGAGGCGGUGGGUAGAACUGUAAAUCCAGUAAGUGGAGCUGUCGGGCUUCUCUGGACUGGAAACUGGCACAUAUGCCAGGCUGCGGUGAUGACGGUGCUACGCGGCGGCACGAUAGAACCUGUAUUAGAAUUUGAAGGCGGAAUAUUAGCACCGGACUACGGUAACUUGUCAGAAUGUGCUAGUUUUAGUCCAAAAGCAAAUGUGGAUUCAGUUUCAAAGGCAACAGCAACAUUAAAGAGGACAAGAUCUGAUUUUGAUAAAGAAGAGGCUAAAUGUGGGCUAACUAGUAAUCUUGAUCUUUGCUUGAUGUACUCGGAAGAGAAGCCGCGGGCGGUGUCGUCGUCGGAGGAGUCUGAAACGACAACGUUGGGAAGUUCGGGAACUUAUUGUAGGAGUAGUUUACAAGGAGGUGAAAGAAAGCUCUUGACAUUGUUUAUUUGAGCUGUUUUUUUUUAUUAUUAUUAUUUGUUUUAUUUUUGUUUUUCUAUAGAAUUGCUGUUCUCACUUUAUUGUAUACUAAAAAAUGUAACUCGAUUUGAGAUUAUUGGAAGAAAUUUAAUCUAAUUUCUUAUUUAGAUA